AUGGCCACAGACACAAUUGAGCUCUCAGUGCCCCUCCCCCGCUCUCUUGAUACCCGCAUCUACCUCCGCCUAUCCACCAAAGCAAAGUCCAUUGUGCUCUUCCUCGCAACAGCGUCACAAGAUGAGCUCGCCACACCUGUAUCUCUAGGCUCAUUUGUCUAUGCCCUGCCCAACAGACUUGACCAGGCGCAACCGUUAUCUACGACACUCUACUCAUCAGAGACAUCAGUAGAGUUCACAACACGCAUGGCAAAGUUGCUGGCUCGCAAGGCACAGCUUCCGGUUUAUGUCACUAACUCGAUGAGCUUUGCUAAUGCCGGUAUGGGCGGUACUGUGGAAGAAGAGAUGGAGGCCUUCAAGACUAUUGUUCAGGUUGUUUCGGAGAAGUUACAGCUUUCAGGUGCCAAGCCAACUGCAGCCUGA